UGCCGUGAAGUGUACCCUAUGAGUGUCACUUAGCGAUGACGCCGUGCUGACUCUAGGUCCACCACUGCGCCCAGCUUUACGUGGAAAUCUCUCAGCUGCCCUCAGCUGAGCGCUGUGGAGGGAAGGAAACUGCAAGAUUAAGUCGGUCCCUUUCGGAGCUGUGGCUUCGGGAAGCGUCUGUUUUUUCGUGCGGCGCACUUACCCACCUGCUACAUUCCUCCCUACAAUUGUUUUUUGUGGCUUCAAGUUAAGCAGUUUCGCAGUUUGCUGAUCUGAGAAAUAGAAGGCGUCCUCCCUUCUCCAAUUUCCAAGGACUAAGACAUACUCAGUUUGACCUGACUUCUGUAUGUUGUCAUCUCGUGUACACCUGGUCCCCGCUAAAGUCCAACUUGCCCAUUCCCUGAUCUGCAGUUCUUCCCGUUCCUUCAUGGAUUUGAAGGCCCUUCUUUCUUCCUUGAAUGACUUUGCAUCCCUGUCAUUUGCUGAGAGUUGGGACAAUGUUGGAUUACUGGUGGAGCCAAGCCCACCACACACUGUCAGCACACUCUUCCUGACAAAUGAUUUGACUGAGGAGGUAAUGAAGGAGGCAUUGCAGAAGAAAGCAGAUCUCAUUCUUUCCUACCAUCCACCUAUUUUCCGACCCCUGAAACGCAUAACCUGGAAAACCUGGAAGGAGCGCCUGGUGAUCCAGGCUCUGGAGAACAGAGUAGGCAUCUACUCUCCUCACACAGCCUAUGAUGCUGCACCCCAGGGAGUCAACAGCUGGUUGGCUAAAGGGCUUGGAGUUUGCACCUCCAGGCCUAUACAUCCAUCCAAAGCUCCCAACUGCCCCACGGAAGGAACUCACAGAGUAGAAUUCAAUGUUAACCACACCCAAGACCUGGACAAAGUCAUUUCUGCAGUGAAAGGAAUUGCAGGUGUUUCUGUCACUUCUUUUUCUGCUAGGACUGAUGAUGAAGAACAAACACGAAUUAGUCUGAAUUGUAGUCAGCAGGCUUUGAUUCAGGUGGUAGAUUUCCUUUCCCAGAACACACAGCUUUAUCAGAAGACUGAAAUUCUGUCACUAGAGAAGCCCAUGCUUCUGCACACUGGAAUGGGACGGUUAUGCACACUGGAUGAAUCUGUCUCCUUGGCGUCCAUGAUUGAGCGAGUCAAAAGGCACCUAAAACUCUCUCAUAUUCGCCUUGCUCUUGGGGCAGGGAGGACCUUAGAGUCCCAAGUCAAAGUCGUGGCCUUGUGUGCUGGUUCUGGGAGCAGUGUUCUUCAGGGAGUAGAGGCCGACUUGUACCUCACAGGUGAGAUGUCCCAUCACGAUGUUCUGGAUGCUGCUUCCAAAGGGAUAAAUGUCAUCCUCUGUGAACAUAGUAACACUGAACGAGGCUUUCUUUCUGAUCUUCGAGAUAUGCUGGGCACUUACUUGGAGAAUAAGGUUGAUAUUAUCCUGUCAGAAACAGACAAGGACCCUCUUCGUGUGGUAUAACGCAUACAGGAAGAAAGGAUGACAGUCCAGAAAUAACUUGGCUCCCACCCUGAAUGCAUGACAUGACUCGGUCGCGCUGGGAUCCUUCUCAGUGUCUCAGAAUGUGUCUCUGCACAUUCUGACCAGCGUAGCACAUACAGGCUUAAAGCUGAACUUACAGUGUUAAAAACCAGUGAUGCCAUAAGCAAGAAUACACGUUACCAUCUAACUUGUUAAUCUGCUUCACUAAAUGUUUAGUGGUUAAGUAAAAGCCUUAACCACCACUAAAGAAAAAUACUCACUAUAAAGAAUAAGGCUGUAUUAUAGAAAGUACAUAUUCUUCAUAAACUAGAGGAAAGAUCAAUUUAAAGUUGCUUUAUUUAACAUUCUUGGGAAGUAACUCAAGUGAUCCUUUCCUUAAUUUGAGAUGGAUUUGUCAUUUUAAGUCUGACCUUUGGUUAGUUUAAAAAUUUCAAACUAGAACAUUUAUUUCUAGGUAGUAGCCUGUGUGAUUAAGUUCUCUUUGUAUAUUUCUUUUCCUAGAUCACUAAUUUUCUACUUAAAUUUCAAAAUCAGGAUUUAAAAAAAAAAAAAGAUAAAUGGUCAUCAUUCACUUUAUGAUUCACCUCUAACUCAUCUGUAAUUUUUACUAGCGAUAUAUUAAGAUGGUUAGCUUUCAGAAUACUAGUAAUAGCUUGUACAUUGUUAGUUUUAUGCUGUGCACUGUACCAGCUACUUUUAUAAAUAUAAAACCCUUAUAAAUAAGUAAAUAGGUAUUAUUCCCAUCUUACAAAUGAGGAAACAAAUUCAGUUAGGACACAAAUUCAGAUAAUCUGGCUUCAGAGCCUACGUUAAGCACUUCUUAAUAAAUACCUUGAUGAGAAAACUGAUAAAAGUACAGAAGAAAUUCUGAAGGAAAAUAAAUUCAUUUUGUGAUUCUUCUCUUUAUGGUAUAAAGAAGUUUUUUUUAUGCCUUUGUACAUAUUUCCAGUUUCUCUGCUGAACAUUACUUUGGUAAUAGUAAAAGCAAAUUCUUUAAAAUACUCUCUAAAAUGAGAAAGCAUAGAAUUUUACAUUUCUUUCAUAUGACUCUUUUUCUAUCAACCUUAUGCCCUAGGGUUUGGGAUCUUAACUUACAUAUUACUCUUGAUGGGUCACCUAUAACUGAUUCAUUGUAGAAAUAUUUGGAUUAUGCUCAGUAAAAUAAGUCAGAAGAAAGAAAAGUAUUGAAUGGUUUCACUUAUAGGAUGAAUUUAAGACAACCAAAUAAGAUGGGGGAAAAGAUAUUUUUAUUAUAGUACAAACCAAAAAAAUACAAGUAAAAACCAGAGAGGCCUUACAGCAGAGGGGGACAGAGAAGGAUCAGGAGGGAGGAAUGUGGGGGCUACAGGGGUGAUGGGAGGGGAAGGGAAGAAGUAAACAUUGUCAUAAAAUGAAUAAUGUAAAUAGAUAUAUCCAGCAGAACUAUGCCUUACAAAAUGCUUCCGAGCAUUUCUUUUGGAAGACGAGCCAAGAAAGGUGAGGGGGAAAGCAGCAGUGUCAGAAGCCAAAAAGUAGGAAGCUUCUAUCAGUGAUGACCACACUAGAGAAAAUGAGAUAGCACAGACUGUCUCAGUGACAUCUGCUGUAGUUAAUUUGCCUUCUGUGGACUGGACACACAAACAGGACAAAUGUUUUGGUGAUGAAGGCAAUAAACGCUUGACUCUGCUCAGGAUAUGCAGAGGGCUUACAGGGAAGGCUUUCUGUGAAGGGAUGGAAUUCCCUCAAGUGGGCCAGCUUGAACAGAUAACACUAACUAAAGGAACAGCAUGAUGGUACCUUGAAAAAGUUCAACUAAUUAUCAGUGGAAAUAAGGAAUCAGGAGAGAUGAGGUCAGAGAUGUUCCUGAAGAAAUAGGCCGGGGUAGGAGACUAUCAAGAACAUUAGUUAUUUGAUCAGCUGUGACUUAUGAUAGCAAUAAAGAUUUCCUAGAGCUGAAGGUUGUGAAUUAAUUCUAAUUCCUUGGCAUCACAGUUCCAGAAAGGGUUAGUAGACAUAUUUAUUCCCAAUGAGUUUUUUUUUAAAGAAUGACACUGUUGUAAUAAAUAUUGGCAUACAAGCCAACUUUAUAAGUAAAAAUAUCCCCAAAUCACUGAGAAGGUUUUUAUUUCCACUUGUAAUGUUUUCUGAGCUAUUUUGAGUCAUUGGCUGCAUAUUUGUAUGUCAUUGCAUUUCAACUUUUUUAUGCAUAAGAACAUCUAGAGACCUAAGAGAAACAUUAAUGCUGAUGCUAGAGUAGGCAGGGCCCAGGUAUUUCUAAGCUUCCAAGAAAUGCUGUUGCUGCUGUUUUUUAAGGAGUACAGUUUGGGUAGCAAAAGUAAAUAUGGUGACCUACAUACCUGCGAAGGAUUGUGUCCAAUGUGAUAAAUGCCAGAAAUGUUGUUUCAAAAAUCUGAGAACAAGCUUUGUAUUUACAUUAAAAGCCAUAUUUUCCAUAAUAAUAGUACUUCAAAUUUACAUCACUCUACACGUUAAGGAUACUGUAAUUGUUAAUAAAACCUCUCAUUUUUAAAAAUUUUUUUUAUUUAUGCAUACAGAAAUGGGGUACAGGCCAGAGGUGCAGGGGCG